AUGUCUGGUCUCGAGGCCCUGAGCCUCGUCUGCAAUAUCUUGCAAAUCAUCAGUGCUGCACAUAGCACUGUCUCUUUUUGCAAGGCUGUCUAUCAGGGCAGUUCUCCUGAUGCGCAUCUUGGCGAUAAUGCGGUCGCUUUGGCGUCUCUCUCUGCCGAGGUUGAGAUGUUCUACGCAUCAAGACAGCCGCCUCGGACUGCUCACGAGAAGAGCCUUGCUGAUGUGGCUAAGAAGUGCAAUAUCGCCGCUCGCGCCCUAGAGGAGGAGGCCAAGUUUCUGAUUGGUAAUCGUGCCAAGGGCAACCUGGCAACUACGAUCAAAAUUGCCGUGAAGACGAAUUGGAGAAAGAAUCGUCUUGACAAGCUGGAGAAGUCUCUUGAGGCCUACCAACGAACCAUGGAAUCUCAGCUACUAGCGCAGGUGUUGUAA